AUGGGUUAUUACCUUGCUGACGGUAUAUACUCUCAAUGGGCAACACUAGUUCAGACAAUCUCAUCUCUCCAAGGAGUAAAGAAGCAACAUUUUGUAAUGAUGCAAGAGUCAGCAAGGAAGGAUGUAGAGCAGGCAUUCGAAGUGGUCCAAUCCCAAUUUGCAAUUGUAGGUGGUCCAGUACAUUUUUUGGAUCCCAAAAUGCUUGGUAACAUAAGAAAGAGUUGCGUUAUAUUGCACAAUAUGAUUGUUGAAGAUAAGAGAGAUGAGCAUCUUGAUUUCGAUUAUGAAACAUCAUCAACCAACUCACCAGUAGUAGUUUUGUGUACUAGUAACAAUGACUUUGAAUCAUUUAUGUCCCGUCAUUUAGGUAUUAGAGAUAAGAAUGCAUAUCAUGCCCUCCGCAAUGAUUUAAUAGAACAUAUGUGA